AUGACUAUUGCUGCAUAUGCGUAUGAAACAAAUGAAGCAAGAAGAGCACAUGAACUAGUAAACGAAAACUCAACUUUAACCAUUGAAGGCAAUGAUUUAGUCAUUGACGAUGGAAAAACUAAAAAAGUCAUUGAUUUCGAUACUUUUAACACUUAUGACCCAUUCAUUACAAUAAGUAAAGUUCCUAUCAUAAAUGAUGGAACGGUGCAAUAUAUAAAUUCUACAGUAGAUGCCUCAUUAGUGAAAGUACUGAAUGUUCUCAUUGAAUUGUUAAAGAGCUUUCGAUUUGACGACAACAUUAAAUGCCUAAAGAAUUUAGUCAUGAAUGAGAAACAAAUAUUAGGAGUUGCUGGUAGCAGUAAUGAUGUACACCUUAUGACAUUAGAAUAUUAUAACGAACAUAAAGAUGAACUGAAAGGAGAGAAGGGUGACACCGGACCACAAGGAAUACAAGGACCUCAAGGAAUACAAGGACCUCAAGGAAUACAAGGACCUCAAGGCGAAAACGGUUUGGAUGGAAAGGAUGGAAAGGAUGGAAAAACUGCUAAAUCAUGGAUAUGGGACCUUAUAAAUACUGGUUUAACAGCUGCUUCAUAUGGAGUUCUUCAAUACCAAAUCGGAAAGAUAUGGGCAGUACUUGGUGAAGAAGCUUUAGAUGAUGUUAAAAAUGCUUUGAACUUCAUUUCAAAUG